UAAAUACUAUUCAUGAAUUCGUAGCCACCUAGCAAUAAUGUUGGUAAACAUUGUUAGAUUUAGUAAGUUGAUGACUAAGCUAUUAUAUAUAUAUCUAAUUGUUCGAGAUGGAUAUAAUUACAAGUGUAAAAAAUAAUAACAAUGAAGAUAAAAUUCAAAUGAUUUUUGAGAUGCUUAAACAACAAAUAAAUGAGUACGAUAUUAUAAGUAAGGAAAAAAUAUCAAGAACAGAAUUAAGAAAACAAAAAAUUCAAAAAUUAGUGACAGAAGAAAAACACUUGUCCACAGAGUUUCAAAAAAUUAAAAAAGAGUUAAAACGUUAUGAAAAAAAAUAUGAAAAGGCAUUAAAAAAGAAAGUGAAACUAUUGAAAAUACAGAUUGAAGAGGAUCGACGUAAAUUAGAAGCUACAAAACAAAAAUUUUAUAAAUUAGAAACUUAUGUAAAUAUAACAGAAAAGGUAAAGUCAAAGAAAAAAAGUAAACCGUUAAAAGUCAAGAUGAUGUUACCUAAAUUCAUACAAAAGAAUCUACCGCUUAAUAAAAAGAUUAAAAUCAAAAUUAAAAAAAACGAAAAAUUAGUAAAAAUUAUAAAACCUACAAUGAAUACUCGAGAAUGUAAAAUUGUAUUACAAAGACUGACGGAAGAGCAAAUGAACAAAUAUAUUAAUCAAAAUAGGUUAGGGCAAGAGAAAAAAAAAGCGUAUAACACGAGAUUCUUUAAAAAAAAAUAAUGGAAAUGAAAUAAAUACGAUUUGUCCAAGUUGGCAUAUAAAAAUUCCAAAAUCAGUAUUUCAAGAAAGUCUCUUACGCAUUAAUAAUUUUAAUCUAAAUUCAACUUCUAUUUCAAAAGAUAUUAUAUAGUUAAAUAUAGUAUGUUUGAUUAUUGUUAAAAUUUUAUUGUUAAAAUCUAUUGUA